AUGGAGAAGUUGAAGCUUGCCAAGGAGCAAAGGUGCAUUCUUCAAAGCCAGGAAGUUAUCAAUCAAAACAUGAGGAAGGCCAUGAAGGGUAUUGGUGCUGAACCACUUGUUGAUGGUCCUCUUGAAACUGUUCAUGUUGAACCUCUUGGGGUGCUGGAGAAGACUUCACUGCUGGAUGGUUCGACCUCCCAGCGAUCCCACCUCCCACGUAAAAAAAUCGGCAAGCGAUCCCACCUCCCACGUAAAGAAACAAUCGACCCCUCGUUCGCUCCUCCCCCACCCUCCUCGUACUCGUGCGAACCCCCGGCUCCACCCCUCUACGACCUACCUCCCCACGUCUCAUCCCGCGGUUGUCGCUGCUCUGCUCUCCCCCGGCUCCCAAAUGGCCGCCGCAGCCUCCUUCGGCCGGCCCCCUCGCGCCCCCGCCUCGCCGAGCCCGCGGAGGCCGCUCCAGGACUGCGUGGCGCGUGCGUGCGUGCCCCGGGGUUGGAUGAGAAGGGCGAGGGCAGCGGCGGCCGAGGAGGUCUAGGUGACUCACCAACGGCCGGAGCACCGACUGGAUUGCGUCAUAUGGAGCAGAGGCACCCGCAGAUCGCGCCGUCGCCGUCGGUGUCGCGGCGGAAGGCCGCGGCGGCGGCGAGCCAGGAGUGGCUGGUGGUGCCGGCGGACGAGGAGCAGCGCGCGGAGGAGUUCGGGAGCCACCGGCUCAUGGAGAUGACGGGGACUGCGUCACAUGGAGCGGAGGCACCCGCAGAUCGCGCCGUCACCCAGCGGAUGUCCGAGCGGUGCUUGGCCAGCAGCCUUAUCCUGUCCGUCGCCGCGCGCCGCGCGUCGGCCCUAACGCCUGCAUGCACUCCAGCACGAACGGCUCCACGCGCUCGAGCAGCGCCGCGUUUGCCAACAGAUCAUGGACCCGAGAUUGUUCAGAUCCACGGCGGUGAGGUCCGGCGCAUCGGAUCCGGGCGUGGCGGCCGCGGCGACCAGUCACUCGAGCUCCCUGGAGAUGUCGGAGUUGAAGCUGGACCCCUGAAGAAGGAUGCAUCGCAAGUUAAGCGAAGCAAGGUCAAGAUAAUCAAGGAGAAGAGCAAUUUUAUUCGCUACCCUUUGAAUGAGGAGUUGGUCUCAGAGGCUCCCAACGUCAACGAAACUGUUGUCGAGCUGAUUAAGUUCCAUGGAAGCUAUCAGCAGAGCGACCGAGAAGUCAGUGGCCGGAAGAAUUACUCGUUUAUUCUCUGGAUAAAGAAUCCUUCCGGAAAAGUUCUAAACCAGCUUUACUUGGCUAUGGAUACACUGUCUGAUGAGUUUGGGAUUGGAACGCUCCGUCUGACAACCAGGCAAACAUUUCAGCUGCACGGCAUUCUUAAGAAGAACUUGAAGCAUGUCAUCAGCACUGUGAUAAAGAAUAUGGGAUCAACCUUAGGUGCUUGUGGAGAUCUCAAUAGGAAUGUGCUUGCACCUACCGCACCAUAUGUGAUAAAAGAUAUUAUUUUUGCUCAAGAAACAGCAGAGAAUAUUGCAGCACUUCUCGCGCCACAGUCAGGGGCUUAUUAUGACCUGUGGGUGGAUGAAGAGAAGAUAAUGUCAGCGGAAGAACCUCCUGAGGUCACCAAAGCGCGAAAUGACAACUCACAUGGAACAAACUUCCCUGAUUCUCCUGAGCCAAUCUACGGGACCCAGUAUCUGCCCAGGAAGUUCAAGAUUGCGGUCACAGUUGCUGGUUAUAACUCUGUUGAUAUUCUGACGAAUGACAUCGGUGUUGUUGUAGUUUCCGAUAGUGCAGGGGAGCCUGUUGGCUUUAACCUCUAUGUUGGAGGUGGCAUGGGAAGGACACACAGAAUAGAAACCACAUUCCCUCGGCUGGCUGAUCCACUUGGUUAUGUUCCUAAGGAGGAUAUAUUAUAUGCUACAAAGGCAAUAGUUGUUACACAGAGGGAAAAUGGAAGAAGAGAUAACUGCAGGUAUAGCAGACUGAAGUAUCUGCUUGACAGCUCGGGAACUGACAAGUUCUGGGCUGAAGCUGAAAAAUAUUAUGGAAAGAAAUUUGAAGAUUUCCAUCCAUUGCCAGAAUGGCAGUUCAACAACUACCUUGGGUGGCAAGAGCAGGGUGAUGGUAAAUUAUUCUAUGGAGUGCACAUUGAUAAUGGUCGUCUUGGGACCAGGAAGGCGAAUCUUUUGGGAGCUUCACAAACACAAUGGUGA